AUGUCGUUGUCACUUCGUCCUUUGGUAGGUAUUGCUGUUCUUGUUGUUUAUCCUGAUUGCUAUCCUGAUUGUGUACUUGCCUCUCAACGUUUAUCAAGUCACGGUAAAGGUUGUUAUCAAUUACCAGGUGGUCAUCUUGAAUAUGGAGAAUCAUUCGAAGAAUGUGCUCAAAGAGAAUUAAAAGAAGAAACAAAUUUAGAUAGUUCUUCUUUUAAAUUAGUCCAUGUGACAAAUACAAUAUUUUCAGAAGAAGAUGGAGGGUCAAAACAUUAUGUUACACUUUUCAUGAAAACAAUUAUUCAUGAUGAUUCGUCGUUAAAAUGUAUGGAACCACAAAAAAGUUCAAAUUGGAUUUGGUUGAAAUGGAAUGAUUUAAAAACAAUGAAAUUAUUUGCACCUCUUCAGCAAACUGUUCAAAAUUCAAAUUUUAAUCCAUUUCAUGAUAUUCAAAAUGAAAACAACGAAAAAAUCUAUUAA